AUGAGGUUGAUCAUCAGAGAGGACUACGACGCGGUUGCGGAUUACACGGCAAAGUACCUCCGCGAUCGAAUCAACGACUUUGCUCCCACCGCCGAUCGUCCCUUUGUUCUCGGGUUACCGACUGGAUCUUCCCCUGAGGGUGUCUACAAAAACCUGGUCAAGUACCACAAAGCAGGCCAACUCUCCUUCCGCCACGUGAUAACCUUCAACAUGGACGAAUACGUCUCCCUUCCCCAAUCCCACCCCCAAUCCUACCACACCUUCAUGCACACCCACCUCUUCUCCCACAUCGACAUCCCCCCCUCCCAAACCCACAUCCUCGACGGAAACGCCGCGGACCUCGAGAAAGAGUGUCAGGAGUUUGAGGAGCAGAUUAGAGGGGUGGGCGGGAUCGAGUUGUUUUUGGGCGGGAUCGGGCCGGAUGGGCAUAUUGCUUUUAAUGAGCCGGGAAGCUCGUUGAGGAGUCGGACGAGGGUUAAGACGUUGGCUUAUGACACCAUUUUGGCGAAUUCGCGGUUCUUCGACAAUGACAUCUCAAAGGUGCCCAAAAUGGCGCUCACAGUCGGCGUGGCAACCGUCAUGGACGCCCGCGAAGUCCUCAUCCUCAUAACCGGCGCCCACAAAUCCCUCGCCCUCCACUCGUGUAUCGAACUCGGCAUCUCGCACAUGUGGACGGUCUCUGCGCUCCAGAAUCAUCCGCAUCCGAUGAUUGUGUGUGAUGAGGAUGCGACGUUGGAGUUGAAGGUCAAGACGGUGAGGUACUUCAAGAGUAUCGAAAUGGUGCAGAGGAGUGUUAUGGGGGAGAAGGAGGGUGGGGGGGAGGUGAACCAGAUGCCGAGGUUUGUGAGGAGGUUUAGUAACCAGGGCGGGGAGACGGGGGCCGAUUAA